AUGAGUAGUGGUGGCGAAGAAGAUCAUUUUAAUAGUUUUGAUAAAAGUGAUUCUAACUCUAUUGAGCUCUAUGAAUCUCAAAACACAUCUGAGUUUACCAUACAUGAUUUACUCUUUCCAAAGUUAACUAGUGUAACAAGCCAAGAGUCUGAGUUCGACAUUAACGAGGAUGAAGAUGGAGUCGAUAUAAUGUGCGAUGGGAUGCUAGACGCCCCUAUUACGAAAAGCAGUAAAAGGAUACUAUGUGAAGGAAGCGUACCGAAUCUUAAUUAUGAAUGCUUAACCACCAAAGGGAUUUUUGAAAGUAUGCUCCAAAGAGUUGACCAUUUACAACCUAUUUUUGCGAUUCCAUCUGCAGAUAUCUUGAUACUAUUACAACAUUACGAUUGGAAUGAGGAACGUUUAUUGGAGGUUUGGACAGAAAAAAUGGACAAUUUACUUAUAGAUCUUGGUUUAAGCACAGUGGCAAAUAUCAAGAAGGACAGUGAUCACACUUCGCAUUCCAGGGAAGUUGAAUUCAAGAAUGAUUUUACAUGUAUUAUUUGUUGUGAUAACAAAAAUACUGAAACGUUUGCGUUAGAAUGCGGUCAUGAGUAUUGUAUUGGUUGUUACCGUCACUAUAUUAAAGAUAGGUUACACGAGGGAAAUAUAAUUACAUGUAUGGACUGUUCCUUGGCAUUGAAAAAUGAAGAUAUAGACAAAGUGAUGGGACACCCCUCAAGUAGUAAAUUGAUGGAUUCUUCAAUCAAAAGUUUUGUUCAGAAACAUAACCGUAAUUAUAAAUGGUGCCCAUUUGCCGACUGCAAGUCUAUCAUACACUUACGAGAUACAUCUUCCUUACCGGAAUAUACCCGUUUGCAUUAUUCGCCCUUUGUUAAAUGCAAUUCAUUUCAUAGAUUUUGUUUCAACUGCGGGUUUGAAGUGCAUGCCCCAGCAGAUUGCAAAAUCACCAGUGCCUGGAUUAAAAAGGCCAGAAAAGAAUCCGAAAAUUUGAAUUGGGUUCUGUCUCAUACUAAAGAAUGUCCUAAGUGUUCUGUCAACAUUGAAAAAAACGGUGGCUGUAAUCACAUGGCCUGCUCAAGUUGUAAGUACGAAUUUUGUUGGAUAUGUGAGGGCCCCUGGGCACCUCAUGGUAAAAAUUUCUUCCAAUGUACAAUGUACAAGAAUACUGAGGAUAGUAUAAGUAAGAACGCCGAAGACGUUAAUAAGACACUGAAGAAAUAUACGUUUUAUUAUAGAUUAUUUAAUGAGCAUGAGGUCUCAGCCAAGUUAGACUGGAAUUUGGGGCAAACGGUAGGUACAAAAGUUCAUGCAUUACAAGAAAGAAUGGGCAUUUCAUGGAUUGACGGACAGUUUUUAUCGGAAAGCCUUAAAGUGCUGAAUGAGGGACGGACCGUGUUGAAAUGGUCAUUUGCCGUGGCAUUUUAUUCGGAUGCGUCUCAUAAUUUAACUAAGAUUUUUAUCGAUAACCAAAUGCUUUUGGCUAAUGCUGUGGAGUUUCUGUCAGAGUUAUUACAAAUAAAAAAUCCUGAAGUCAUCAUGAAGCGAAGACCCGAAUUUUAUAAUAAGGCCGGCUACGUGGAAAAUAGAACCACUGCUUUAAUGGAAUGUGGUAGAGAACUAUUAUGCAAGGGAAUUUGCAAAGUUGUAGAAUGA